AUGAAAAGAUAUAACCCAUGUGAAUCUCCAGAAUUUAAUCAAAACAUAGAUAAUGAUGAUUCUGAUCUUCCAGAUUUUUUGAGGGAAGAUAACUUUCCUGAACAAAGAAAUACAGCAAGAUUUCAAUUACCUCAAAGUAUUUUAUUAAGUGGAAUUUCGAUAAAAAAUGAACCUUAUAAUAAUUCAGAGUAUUCAAUGGAACCUCAAAGAAACAUUUUAAAAGAAGAGAGAUAUGAAAUUAAAGAAGAUGAUAUACCUCUUCAGAUGAAUACCAUUGCAGAUGAAAUAACUAAUAGACUAGAAAAUGUGAUUGAAGACAAUAAAUAUCCUGAACCUUUUGGUGAAGUUGUCUGGGAACUUCAAAAAUGUGUUACACAAAUUAAAGAAAAUAUGCCUAAUAUCCAGAAAGUUGAUUAUCGAAAAUUAACUCAAACAUUAAACGAAACGUUAUAUCAAUUAUUCAAAAGGGUUGUUUCAGAUAGUCUUUGUAACAAUCGAAUUGAAUGCAGAGACCUUCAAUGUUUUUUUUCAUUAUCAAAGGAUAUAUCAAGAUUUGAAAUCUUUAAUAGAGAAGAAGUAAACAAAUUAAAUGAUCUUAUUGCUAAAAUUGAAGAUAUUACUCCUCAACCACAAGUAAAUAAUAUUACAAACCAACAAGAACUUAGAAGUUAUUUAAAUGAAUCUGGAUUAAAUACAACUCAAAUUUUAAUUCAAAUUUGUGAUCCUAAAGAUGUAGGUAGUUUUAUUAAAGCUCUUGGAGAUCUUAAGAUUAUUUUUAGUGCAUCAAAACAUUCAAAAACAAAUUAUAUUUCAAUGAUUAAAGAAUUAAAUGGUCUUGACGAUGAUAAUGGAAGAAAAUUUGCUACUCCAUUUUUCUUACUCAAAAAAGCGUUUGAGUGUUGUGUUAUUAAAUCUCAAUUUAAAGCACUAGUUGAAGUCUUGUCUCAGGCUAUUCUUAAUAUGGACUUCUUUACGGAUGACCAAAGAGAACAAGUUGAUAAAAUGUUAAACCAAGCUGAUUCCCUUAGAAAAAGUAAACCAGAACUAUUAGGAAAAAAACUUCAAUUAAAAAAAGAUGAAGAAGUAAUGAAAUUUGGGUAUGUAAAAGAUUAUAUUGAACGUCAUCCAGAACUUAGUUAA